AGCUUCAUCCUGCAGUUCCAGUUUCAUGAAGCACUGUGCAAGGCAGCCAACCACAUCGGUCCUUUGCACACAUGUGACAUCUAUCAAUCAAAAGAAGCAGGCGCGAUUUUAAAGAAAGUUCUUCAGGCUGGUUCUUCCACACCUUGGCCUAUUGUGCUCCAGGAGGCUAUAGGGACCAACAAGAUGGAUGCCAACUCACUGAUGAAAUACUUUGACCCUGUUAUUCAGUGGCUGAAAGUUCAAAAUGUGAAUGAGACCUUGGGAUGGCCUGACUUCAAGUGGGUCCCACCAAUCCCUGAGGGCUACCCUGAAGAUAUUGGCAAAAAUACAGAAGAGGUUGAGGCAAAGAAGCUUCUGGACGAGUACAACAGGACAGCUGAGGUGGUGUGGAAUGCCUACACUGAGGCCUCCUGGACAUACAACACUGACAUCACCGAAAAUAAUAAGCAGAAGAUGGUGAGACCCUCUGACUGACCGACUUCACAGAGAUCAGUCUAACAUUGCUUGAGCAUC